CAGGCGAUUUGAGUGGUGUCGGCCCUUGCAUAUUUUCCACUACGUCCACGAAACGGCGCCACAACGGACCCUUGCCAGGAUCGCAUCUCAGAAACGUUGACGACUCCCCCAGUCGCACAGUAGUCUUUUGUGAAGAAUUAUGAGCCCAAGAGGAAGUUUCGUAGUGCAGAGGAGAAUCUACCUCUUAGCGCUUCUUGUUGUUUCCCACAUGGCGGGGAGAAGGAGCAAAUGCGUCCAUGCUUUUGUGCCUAUCCACCUCUCGUAUGGCCCGGACUUAUCGCGUGGUCCCUCUCGGUGCGGCCCCCCUGCAAGAGGCAUGCCUGUCCCUGCUCGACCCCUUUGCCUACGGAGAAGAAAGGAAGCUGUCUCCUCCUCGCCCGCUUUCGUGGCCCUUAGUGCCGGCCUCGUCGAUACUGAGACAGCACGUGGUGCCAUUACCAGCCUCCUCCCUCUCUCCUCCCCCCCUGCUGCGGCCAUGCCUUCCCUUGUGGCAAUCGCCCAAGGCACGGAGGGGAAGGGGGACUUGUUGGAGGCAGCAGGCACUUUCACCCUCGACUGGUUGAAUAACGUAAAUUACGGCGCCGUGUUCGCCUUGUCUCUUUUCCCUUACUUGAUUUUUCUCAAAAAUAUUUGGCCUGAAGACUAUCCGAUCCCCAAGGUGGGGGGGGGAUGUCCGAAACUGCUACUGUUUGAGCAUUCGAGGGAAAGAGCGACCAGAUCCAUCGCCUCGUCUGCCUGGAGGACGUCGACUGACUUCCGCUUCCCCGCCCCCUCUUCCCCCUCCCCACAGACCAUGAAAUGGGGUUUCGCCUCCCUGCUCAUCUUCGUGGUGUCCACCAUCAUCGGUGGCAUUGCUGCCAAGCUCAUAUACAACGAUGUACUGGCAAAUGUGGACUAUAUUCAUGGAGUGGCCGAGUCCCUGCUCGGGGUCACCAAUAUUGUCUUGGCCAUCGCCGCCUUCCGGGCCCUGGAGGCCGCGAAGAAAGAUCGGAACGGAGAGCGUCCCUCUGUGUGGACCGAAAACGGGGACUUGGACGGGUAGGAGGACAAGGGCGCAAGACGUGGCACUCAUAGGGGGCUGCAGCUCCAGCCCAGGACGAGAAGCGGUGAAACUGUUCCGGAAAGGCAUGCGGGGCUGUCGAUGCUUGGUCUGUCACAGUACACCACCGACCGUGGAGCCGCCAUUGCUUUCACGUGGCACAAAUAUUUGAAAUGCAAACGAAAUCAGCAUAUUUUCG